AUGCCAGGACCCAGUAAGCUUGAUUUUGAAGAGCAUCUAGAGCUGAAGAAAAUUGGGGAGGAUGUCUUCACCAACGUCCAUCAACCAUGGGUGUUCUACAUCACUUUCAACGUCCCUGGCCCAGUGAUGAUGGCGGAAGCAGCGGCAGCGGCAUACAAAACUGUCCCGGAAGGCUUCAUGUUGGACUCGCUGCACACACAAUUCAUGCUGGGUCCCAAAGCCGAUAAACCUCUCGUUUAUAAGGUUCAGAGAGUAAGUCAAGGUCGGAGGUUCGCAGUACGGAUCAUCAUCAUCGAGCAAGAUGACAAGCCCGUCGUCGCGGUGACGGCAAGUUUCAUGAGCGGUCAAGCAUGGACGGGUCAGGCAAUGAAGCACGCUGCGGCUAUUCAAAUCAAGGAACGGAUUGACAAGAUUACGCUGGACGAUUUCGUGCAUAUGCGGACGGAACGGGGCCCGUUCAUGGAAUUUCAGCGCCUUCCGCUACAGCAUUCUAAUCCCCAGGAUCCAAGCACGACGAUUGCACCUGUGGUUGCUAAGAUCGAACCACCCAUUAAAUCACCAACCGGAAGCGCAGCACAUCUACUUGCAAUCGUCCAUAUGUCCGACUACCACGUGAUGGACUGCCCGUUGUCGAUCCAUGGGGUUGAAUUUGGGUUAUCUAAGAUUAAUGACUACGAGCGCAAGCAGGUGCCUUACAAGAUGAAAAUCAUGACAAGUCUCAACCAUACAAUUCACUUUCAUAUCCACGACGGUUUCCGCGCAGAUGACCUACUGUACGUUGAAGCUACGUCUCCAUGGGCCAAGGAUGGGCGGGGGAUGAUUCACACAAAGAUCUACACCAAGGAUGGUUUGUUGGUCGCAACUUGUGUUCAAGAGGUUCGUGUGAUCCAUGACAACGAGGUGCAAUUGCGUUUCUUGGAAGUACUAACGAUUGAAAAUAGGCUUUUUAUGUUUUCAAAGACGUACCAAAGCUUUGACUGA